ACUGACACUGUCGACACCAAAGUCACUCUGCUGUGCACCUCACCGCUCCACCAUCUCCAGACGGCCUUCAUCCUGACCUUUUGACCCAGGAUGGAACGCCUUUACGAGAACGUAUACGAGACCCAGAGGUAACGUACGAGAAACCAGUCGCCGACCUCCUAUGACCUGUCCUCAGCGCUCUACUCCACCACCAUCAGCCACGAACCAGCCCACUAGCAUUGAACCUCAGUACGAGAACACCGAGAGGCCGCUGCAUGACACUCCCUCCUCGGCCGCUGCUACCAUCCCGGAUUCCCGCCGAGGAGAGGCGAGGCAGCUCUUCAUCUUCAUCCUCUUCGUCCUCUUCCUCCUCUUCUUCACAUGCUGAAGGGUCAGAGAAAGAGGAGAGAGAAGAGAUAGAGGAGCACAGCAGGGAAGAAGAGAAGAAGGUAGAGGUGGAGGAAAGCAGCAAUGAGCUGAAGUGGGAGAGCGGAUCUCCAGAGGCGGCAGAGCUCGGAUCACGCAGGUCAUCUUCAUCAUCAUCGUCUUCAUCCUCCUCUGAGAAAGAGGAAGAUGAUAAGAAGCCUGAAAAAGAUGGACCAGAAAUUGUGCUGUUUACAAAGGCUGGGAGUGAUGGGGAGAGCAUUGGAAACUGUCCGUUCUCUCAGCGCCUCUUCAUGAUCCUCUGGCUAAAAGGAGUCGUCUUCAAUGUUACCACUGUCGACCUGAAGAGGAAACCAGCAGACCUCCAUAACCUCGCUCCAGGGACACACCCACCCUUCCUUACCUUCCAGGGGGAGGUUCUCACUGAUGUCAACAAAAUAGAGGAAUACCUGGAAGAGAUGCUGGCUCCGCCAAAGUAUCCCAAGCUUGCAGCAAAGAACCGUGAAUCCAACACGACAGGAAAUGACAUAUUUGCCAAGUUCUCUGCUUACAUCAAAAACACACGACCAGAUAAACACCGAGCCUUAGAGAAGAGUCUAAACAAGGCCCUGGCUAAGCUGGAUGAGUAUUUGAACAGUCCGCUCCCCGACGAGGUGCAGGCGGGGCGUCAAUUAAGAGAAUCCAACCGAAAAUAUCUAGAUGGAGAUGAGCUGACGCUGGCUGACUGCAACCUUCUGCCCAAACUUCAUGUUGUCAAGGUGGUUGCAAAGAAAUACCGAAACUAUGACAUCCCGUCUGAAUUCAGGGGGGUGUGGCGCUAUCUUAACAACGCAGGCAGCCGCGAUGAGUUCACCAGUACGUGUGCGGCUGACGUGGAGAUCGAGCUGGCCUAUGAGGCUGUAGCCAAGAGGCUUGGAAAAUGACAGUACUCCAAUCUCCAUCACCACCACCGCUGUCGUCUUUUGGAAAAUCUGAUCAGAAACGGCAACUCCUCUUUUGGAGCAACUGGUUCAUUUCUUAUCUUGAUACAAUGAAUAACUUCUUGAAGCAGUUAAUACUUUGAACCCCAGAAUCACUUUAUGAAGCAAAUGUAUAAUUUAGUAUUUGGAGCAUUGUUUAAACUGUGAGUCAUUUUCAGAAGCAAUUGGCAUAUUUAAUGUUUUGCAUAUUUUGAAACAGUAACUUGUUUUCUCAACAAAUUGUUUAAUUUAAUCUUUCAAGUGCAUUUUUUUUUUU